AAGCCGCACACCAUGUUCAUGCAGACGCUGGCCGACCUCCACCUCGGUGAGCUGCUGGUGAUGCUCAUCUUCGUGGGCGCCGUGGUGGUGCUCAUUGCCCUGCUGAGCGACGAGGACGACUACGUCGUGUCGGGCCAGGUGAGCCUGCUGAUCCUCAUGUUCCUGAUCCUGCCCGUGGCGCGGCUGCCCGUGUGGUCCGUGCUCUUCGGCAGCUCGUUCGAGCGCAUCGUCAAGUUCCACCGUUGGCUCGGUCUUAUCAUGAACGUCGCGGUCAUUGUCCACGUCGUGCAGGCCAGCAAGGUCGUCGACCUCACGCUCAAUGAGAAGUACGGUGAGGUGACGCCGCUGCCUGGUUUUAUCGCCUUCGUGUGCUUCAUCGCCAUGCUGUUCCUGUCGAUCGAGUACAUCCGCCGCAUGUUCUUCGAGGUCUUCUACUUCACGCACCGCGUGCUGUCGAUCGUGGGCUUCGUCUUCACCAUCCUGCACGCCCCCAAGUUCAUUGGUCUAGCGCUGUGUGUCCCGCUUGGCCUGUACGUCCUUGGUCUGCUGUACCGCUGGUCGAGCGCGUUCACGGGCUCGUACAAGGCCUCGGUGUCGGUGCACUCGGGCUCCAACUCCACGACGCUGGUUCUUGACUCGACCCCGAAGACGGGCAAGAUGGCCAUGAACGUCAACCCUGGCUCGUACUUCCUCGUGCGUCUGCCGGCCAUCUCCGCUACUCAGUGGCACCCGUUCUCCUCCAUCGUGACUCCGGAUGGCAAGUCGCUUGGCUUCUGCAUCAAGGCUAUGGGCAACGGCUCCUUCACGCGUCAGCUCUUGGAGAAGGCCGGCACGCAGUAUGAGAUGACGGCCAACCUGUGUGGCCCCUUCGGUAAGAUGUCGCUCAACGUGGAUCGCUACGAUGCAGUUGUGCUGGUGGCCGGUGGUGUGGGUAUCACCCCCAUGAUGAGCCUUAUCAACCAGUACCGCCUGUUCCCGACCAGCAGCAGCGACUCGGACAAGGCCCCCAAGGCUGCGGACUGGUACGUGCUGUGGUCGGUGCGCGAGCCGGAAGACAUCUUGAUGAUGGAGCAGUUCCUGCCGACGCACGCCCAGCUCGACUACGCAGCCCGCGCCAGCGUUCAGGACCCGAACAUGGCCAUCCUCGGCAACAACGCUCCGGCGCCGAUCAAUAUCAACUGGAUGUUCCACGUGUCGAACGCCCGCACCGACGGUGUGGUCACACGCUCGAACGGCGAGACGCUGUCCUACCGCGGCGGCCAGCCAAUUCUUGACGAGCUGAUCAACACCAGUCGCUUUAACGGCCGCAAGGUGACGGUUGUGGCCUGCGGUCCGCCCACCAUGACUGUGACGGCCCAGUCACUCGCGCGCAACUGCAACUUCGACUUCCACAAGGAGGUCUUCAACUGGUAAACUACAUACAACUACAGUUUGGGUCAUUAUCAGGGUGUCAAAAGUAGCAGCUCAGUUUAGUUUAAUCGCCAGUCGAAAGUAUCCUUCUUCCCUCCCUUCGUACGACCAACUUCUUUCUCCUGAGCGCAGAGCAUCCAGUGCUUGUCACUCGACAUAGUCAAAAUCAUCCUUGAUGCCGAGCCAUUUGUCAACCUUCAUGGUAGUACCGGACAUGAUCAGUUCAGUAAACGUUCCCCAGCAAAUGAGCACUUCUACAAGUUGCAGCUACCUCUCGGCCCUCGACACCACGCUUCUUCACCACCCACGACUUGAGAGUGUACACAUUGUCUGUUGCAUGCAGUUCACCCACCGUCAAACCCUACGAGCACUAUAGGUAGCACACAAUACACAAGCAACACGAUACCUGUCCAUCUGUCGGAGCCUUCCUUCGCCAUUCGCACCUUGCGCUCGAGCUCUUCCAAAAUCGCGGGGUCGUUCUCCGCCAAGUGCUGCACUUUGGUACGCAGUGCUUGCACCUUCGCCUUUUGUUCUUCCAGCCGGCGCAACUUUUGCACUCGUUCCUCCUGCACCAUUGACAACGUCCAUCACUUAGUCACUCACGCUUAAGCUUCCGGUGCCAUUGCUGCUGGCACUUCACCGUACCGAUCCCGAGCGCAGAGCCUUCUGUUCCUCAAUACUUUGGUUCACUUUGACAAGCUUUUCCUGUACGUUUUGGCGACGCUGCUCCAGCUCACUGAGCUUGCGCUUCCUCGACUGUGACAGCUUGGACGGGAAGGACCAAAAGUAGUUCCCCGACCCGAUCUGCACAGCCAGAAGACGAAUUAAAAACAACAAAACUUCAUUAGUUGGAGCCUGCAACACUAAAUACGUAGCUACAAUAGCGCAGCACCUUAUCGCAGUCCACCAAUGCAUCGUCCACCAGCGCUUGGUUCACGUCCUUGACCGUUUGCAGAACUGCAUAUACAAAAUAUACAGUAAAAUUGUAUUUUACGUUAGACCAUAAUAAUUGUUUGACUAUCGCUCUUGCUGAGAGCGCUGAGCCCACGCACCGACGCCAGCUUUGGAGCCGAGCUUUUCCACUUCCUUGAGAUUGAACACCUCCUUCGACUCGUGGUAGAUGUGCAGGAUGCGCUCGCGCUUCUCCUGCAGAGAGACGCCCUUGCGGCCCAUUGCGUUGGCUAACGUUGUUCGAAUCAAAAUGGCUUUUGUGUAAGCACAAAAACACAAAAACACUCACUGGGGUUAAGGGAGGCAAUCAGUAUAUUGACAGCAAGUCUAUUACGCUGUUAUACCUGCGUUAGUCUAGCUUCACCUCGCGCA